AUGUCUGGACGCGGCAAGGGCGGCAAGGGCCUCGGCAAGGGCGGCGCUAAGCGCCACCGCAAGGUGCUUCGCGACAACAUCCAGGGCAUCACCAAGCCCGCCAUCCGCCGCCUCGCUCGCCGCGGCGGUGUCAAGCGCAUCUCGGGCCUCAUCUACGAGGAGACGCGCGGCGUCCUCAAGGUGUUCCUCGAGAACGUGAUCCGCGACGCGGUCACCUACACCGAGCACGCGCGCCGCAAGACCGUCACCGCCAUGGACGUUGUCUACGCGCUCAAGCGCCAGGGCCGCACGCUGUACGGCUUUGGCGGCUAA